AUGAAAGGGACAGGGUGGCGCAGCGGGAUUUAUUUGGCCGGAUGUUUCCUCGCUCGAGCUGACAGGCAGAGAUUGUAUUCUAUUUUCAUCCUUUAUACCGUACCCAGUCAGGCAAUUCCUUUCCUUCUUCCAGUCCCAAUUUUGACAGCCUACGUGUAUGGGAUAAUGCGGCACCAUUCACAUUACCCCGCCAGGCAUGGCUUGAUGGCAACAUUCUCUCUUCUCGAUAAUCACUCCCAACAGCUUGUAUUGUGUAUACACUGCAAAAAACUACAAAUUCAAGUGAUCGCGGAAGAACAACAAGAAAACACCCUGGCUGGGUAUAACGCUUCUGAGCACAUUCUCCGUCAGGAAUAUGAAGACAUCUUCCCAAAACUUCCAAGGAUGGAAGACCGGGCUGCUAAUGGCUGCAGCCUCUGCAAGUUCAUCAGAUCGGCUGUGCUGGCAGAGUAUCAAAGGCGCAGGCUGGAUUUGGCCUGUGAAACAAAACCCGGACGAAUUUUGUUAGAAGCUCAAUUCACCGAGAAGUUCCAACAUAAGUCUUCGUUGUCAAUUUACAAAAAUGGUGGGCCUCAUAUUAUACAAGUUAAGGCACCGGGAUUGGAUGCUCACGGAGGUAUACACCACAUUGAAUUCGAAAUUGCUGUUCAAAUUUCGGCAGAACCGACUUUGACCACUCGCAAUCCACUUGCAACCAAAAAUGUGGAAUGUAUCAAGCGAUGGGUUCAGGCAUGCCAGCUCAGUCAUGAUAUCUGCAGAUCCAAGCUGAGUGGGUACAUUCCGACUCGAGUCCUAGAAGUAAAGAACGAGAUCUUGCGUUUGGUCACUAGAGGAACGGAUAGUCGAAAAUACGCGGCUCUAAGUUAUUGCUGGGGAACAAUCCCUGAAGGCAAAAAAGGAUUCCUAACUAUUAAAAACAACCUUGCUUCAAGGCUGCUUGGAUUCUCAUUGCACGAACUUCCUAAGACUCUCCAGGAAGCUAUACGAGUAGUUCGUGCUAUUGAUAUCGAGUAUAUCUGGAUAGAUGCUCUCUGUAUAGUUCAGGACGAUUCGGUUGACUGGGCUCAAGAAUCAUCCCAAAUGGCCCAAAUUUAUGGCAACGCCGAUGUUACCAUUGCGGCUACGACAUCGGAAUCAUCCUUUGACGGGUUCUUACAAGAUCGAAAACCAUCUUAUAGGUGGAGUUCGAAUUUUAUCUUCAAGGAGGUUCAAUCCUUUCGCUCGAACGUGCUAGUAGAGCAACUGGGUACAAUCCAUUUUCGGUACCCCCUUGAAGCAAGCGUGGCAAAACAUUUGGCGACUUGUCGAUGGGAAACUAGAGGCUGGACCUUACAGGAAAAGCUACUUUCUGCCCGGACUUUGUAUUUCACAAAGGACGUCAUCUACUUCGAAUGUGCUACAACUCAGGAACUGGAGAACCAGGGCUAUAAGCUCCCAGAGCGCAAUGAAUUUUCUAUACUUAUCGCUAAAUCGAGAGCCAUCUCGUUAAUCGAGAGACUCUCAAAGAGAGAUACAUACCUUUCGCGUUGGUACGACAUAGUCGCCAUGUAUACCCGCAGAAAUGUAACAGUCGAAGCAGACAAACUACUGGCGAUGGAUGGUCUGGCUGCAGCAUUAAAAGAUAUGAUCGACGACAUAUAUGUAUAUGGCCUUUGGAGAACGGAUCUACACCGGGGCCUUCUCUGGAGCACAUCGUAUAGGUCGCCCCAGCGGCACCUCAGAGGUGCCUACCGUGCGCCCACUUGGUCAUGGGCAUGUCGAGAUGGGCCUGUAUUGUGGGAUAAGUCGACCUGUCAGCCCGGAUGGAAAUCUCUCAUACGCGUCAUAGACAUGCUUCCGCAUUGCAAAUGCUCUUGUAACGAGACUAAAGGUGCACAGCUAGAGCUCACUGCAGAGGUGGCGCCCCUGAAGGACGUUUUGCUGGCCUUUUUACAGCCCCGAAUCAAUGAAUAUGAAUGGUAUAAAGACGGAUGGGACACAGUCUCAGCAUGGGACGAGUUUGAUGGACUUGGGACCUUUGUUCCUGACGAUGACUCAGAAGAACUGUAUUUGCCUGGAACACAAAUCAUGCUUGUCGCCGAGAGAAAAGCUCCCGAUAACAUUCAAGCUCUCCUUAUUCAACCUGACCGCGACAUGAGCAAGUUUCAACGCGUGGGCUGGUUUAUACAACAGAGUCAUCAUCAGGUUGAUGCCGAUUUCGAUGAUGAAUCUGAAGCCAGUGCAGGUGAUGUCAAUUAUUCCGAGGAUUUUGGGCCACUGCGUAAGCUGUUCAAACUUGAGAGGCUUACGCUUGUGUGA